GGCGAGAGGGGCGGGGAGGCCGGGGCUGGCGCUGCCCUCGGCUCCCGCUGCCGGCCCGCCCCGCCGCCCCGGCCCUCCGGAUGAGGGUAUAUAUUACGGGCGGGCUCGGGACGCCGAUGAGUGGCCUAGACCGGGGACCCGGAGCCGGGAGGAGCCGCAAUCGCAGUCACGCUGAGGGAGGUUCACAGGUGCAGAAAUCACACUCCUGCUUUCACACAGCUUGGCUGCCAGAACACUAUGAAUGUUAAUGACCUCAGACACAGAUUGUCCAAAGCUGGGCAAGAACACCUGCUGCAGUUCUGGAAUGAACUGGAAGAAACCCACCAAGUGGAACUUUAUGCAGAGCUCCAGGCCAUGAACUUUGAGGAGCUGAAUUUCUUUUUCCAAAAGGCUAUUGAAGGAUUUAACCAGUCUUCUCACCAAGAGAAAAUAGAUGCACGGAUGAAACCUAUCCCUCGAGAGGUGUUGGGCAGUGCUACUAGGGACCAAGAUCAGCUCCAGGCCUGGGAAAGUGAAGGACUUUUCCAGAUUUCUCAGAACAAAGUAGCAGUUCUCCUUCUAGCUGGUGGGCAGGGGACAAGACUUGGAGUUGCAUAUCCCAAGGGGAUGUAUGAUGUUGGUUUACCAUCCCAUAAGACACUUUUUCAGAUUCAAGCAGAGCGUAUCCUGAAGCUACAACUGUUAGCUGAAAAAUACUAUGGCAACAAAUGCAUCAUUCCAUGGUAUAUAAUGACCAGUGGCAGAACAAUGGAAGCAACAAAGGAGUUCUUCACAAAGCACAAGUACUUUGGUUUAAAAAAGGAGAAUAUAAUCUUUUUUCAGCAGGGAAUGCUGCCUGCUAUGAGUUUUGAUGGGAAAAUUAUUUUGGAAGAGAAGAACAAAGUGUCUAUGGCCCCAGAUGGAAAUGGGGGUCUUUAUCGGGCUCUUGCAGCCCAGAAUAUUGUGGAGGAUAUGGAACAAAGAGGCAUUUGGUGUAUUCAUGUUUAUUGUGUGGACAAUAUAUUGGUAAAAGUGGCAGAUCCACGGUUCAUUGGAUUUUGCAUUCAAAAAGGAGCAGACUGUGGAGCAAAGGUGGUAGAAAAGACGAACCCUACAGAACCAGUUGGAGUGGUUUGCCGCGUGGAUGGAGUAUACCAGGUGGUAGAAUAUAGUGAAAUUUCCCUGGCAACAGCUCAGAAACGAAGCUCAGAUGGACGACUGCUGUUCAAUGCUGGAAACAUUGCCAAUCACUUCUUCACUAUACCGUUCCUGAGAGAUGUUGUCAAUGUUUAUGAACCUCAGCUGCAGCACCAUGUGGCUCAAAAGAAGAUUCCGUAUGUGGAUUCCCGGGGGGAAUUAAUUAAGCCAGACAAGCCAAAUGGAAUAAAGAUGGAAAAAUUUGUCUUUGACAUCUUCCAGUUUGCAAAGAAGUUUGUGGUGUAUGAAGUGUUAAGGGAGGACGAGUUCUCCCCGCUGAAGAACGCUGACAGUCAGAAUGGGAAGGACAACCCUACGACUGCAAGGCACGCUUUGAUGUCCCUGCACCAUUGCUGGGUGCUCAAUGCUGGGGGCCACUUCAUAGAUGAAAAUGGUUCCCGCCUUCCAGCGAUUCCCCGCAGUGCUACAAAUGGAAAGUCAGAGACCACCCCAGCUGAUGUCAAUCACAACUUAAAGGAUGCCAAUGAUGUACCAAUCCAGUGUGAAAUCUCUCCUCUUAUUUCCUAUGCUGGAGAAGGCCUAGAAAGUUUCGUGGCAGAUAAAGAAUUCCAUGCACCUUUAAUCAUUGAUGAGAAUGGAGUCCAUGAGCUGGUGAAAAAUGGAAUAUGAGUCAUUUACCAAGUUCUGCUGCAACGGAGGAUAGCUUUUUAUUUUUAAUAGACCAACUGUGAACCUACAGGGCCCCUUCUGGAAGACUGAAGUUUGAACAUCCACAAGAUUCAUUUUUCUUGUUGAAUUCUUACAGCUAUUGCAGACUUCCUAAAAAUCCAGAUGGCUGAACUUCUGAUAGCAUUUUUAUGAUUCUCAAUUCAUUGAAGGUUUAUUUAUAUUUUUCAAUUGUCUGAUUUAUUUCUAAGCCUAGGAAAACAUUGGCCAUCUAGGAAAUUUCUUAUAGUUUAAGUAUAGUCAGGAUGUUUAACAUCACUUUACUUGGAACUGGAAGCUUUUGUUUUUGAAAUUGUACAUAGUAAUAAUAUGUCAUGUACAUUUCAGAAGGUUCCUAUGGUACUAAAAGUUUGUUUUAUUUUAUCAAGCAUUAAACUUUUUUAAGAAAAUAAUUGGACAGUAAAAUAAAUUUAACUUCU